AUGUCUACCUUUCAAGCCUCACGAGGGGUUUUACGACUCUCUCGGAGCAUUACCAAACUGCAACCCCCUCUCAACCUCCCCCUCCGGAUAGCUUCACGUAAUGUUGCAACCCACACCCUCCCAAGCCAGGCGGAUGCUAUCUCCGUCCUCCCCACAAUCAUCGACCCCUCCUCCGAAGAAUACAAAGAAAAUGCCCGCCAGAUGAGCACCGUAAUCUCCCGCAUCGAAGAGUUGACCAAGAAGAUCCAACUCGGAGGUUCACAAAAGGCACGCGAGAAACACAUAGCUCGCAACAAGAUGUUGCCGCGGGACCGCGUAGCAGCAUUGAUUGAUCCAGGCACGUCAUUUUUGGAGCUCUCUGCUCUGGCCGGACAUGAGAUGUAUCUUGAGGCGGAGGUCCCAGCGGGUGGGAUUAUUACGGGGGUCGGUGUUAUUGAAGGGGUUACCUGCGUGGUCGUUGCCAACGAUUCGACAGUUAAAGGAGGAACAUAUUUUCCAAUCACGGUAAAGAAGCAUUUGAGGGCCCAGGCUAUUGCUCAGGAGAAUAACCUACCUUGUGUCUACUUAGUAGAUUCUGGUGGUGCCAAUCUCCCAAAUCAAGCAGAUGUCUUUCCAGAUCGAGAACAUUUCGGUCGCAUCUUUUAUAACCAGGCGAGAAUGAGUUCAAUGGGAAUACCUCAGAUCUCAGUUGUAAUGGGUGCAUGUACUGCUGGCGGUGCAUACGUACCAGCAAUGUCGGAUGAAAGCAUCAUUGUUGAUGGCCAAGGUCACAUUUUUCUUGCAGGACCUCCCCUCGUCAAAGCAGCAACCGGUGAGGUUGUAAGUGCCGAAGAUCUAGGAGGUGGAAAAAUGCAUACAUCAGUGUCCGGGGUAACAGAUUAUCUCGCAGUAGACGAUGCACAUGCCAUCGUCCUCGCCAGAAGAUCCAUCAGAAACCUCAACUGGCCGAAGAAGCAAUUCCCUCCACCAACAGCAUACGAGGAGCCUUUAUAUGACCCUGAAGAACUUGUCGGUAUUGCAAGCACUAAUUUACGAAAACCAUUGCCAAUUCAUGAGAUUAUUGCAAGGAUUGUUGAUGGUAGUGUUUUCUCCGAAUUCAAACGGGACUAUGGAAGCUCCCUUGUCACAGGAUUCGCCCAUAUAUACGGUCAUAAAGUCGGCAUUAUUGCCAACAAUGGUAUUUUAUUUAGCACCUCUUCACUGAAAGGGGCACACUUUAUCGAGCUCUGCUGCCAGAGGCAGAUUCCUUUAAUAUUUCUCCAAAAUAUCAGUGGGUUUAUGGUCGGCACAGAUGCAGAGCGAGAAGGAAUCGCCAAAAACGGCGCCAAGCUCGUUACCGCCGUUGCUUGCGCGAAUGUACCAAAGUUUACUGUAGUGGUAGGAGCUAGCAAUGGUGCUGGGAAUUAUGGCAUGUGCGGUAGAGCGUACAGCCCGAGGUUUCUGUGGAUGUGGCCAAAUGCGAAGAUUGGCGUGAUGGGAUCCGAGCAGCUGACGGCAGUCAUGGAGGCUGUAGGCAAGGCAGCGGAUCCAGAGUUGAAGGAGAGGAUUGACAAGGAGAGCGAGGCCGUGUUCUCGUCUGCGAGAUUAUGGGAUGAUGGUAUUAUACCUCCAAGUCAUACACGGAGAGUGCUUGGCUUAAGCUUGAUGGCUUCAUUAGGUGGAAAAAAUGAACCUGUAGCUACAAAGUUUGGUGUCUUUAGAAUGUAG